CCGGGUCCCGGGCGAGCGGGCGCCGCGCGCUGGUCCCGCGGCCGAGCUGCUAAUAAAGUUGCGGCGCGUGCACAGCGCGGCGACGGCGCGAGGAGAGCGCGCCCGGACGGCGGGGAGGACUUGACGGAAUGAAAGAAGCUUAUGGCACCUGUAAAGUUAAAUGUCUCUCCUCCUCUCCACUCGGGCCUUCCGCUGGAGACCUGCCUGUGACUUUGCACCUGUGAUCCACGCUUUUCCUAUCCACUGACUUUGGUUACAGGAAAGCCUCUGAAGAUUCCUAUCAAAUGACGUCAAUGGCCAGCUUGUUUUCUUUCACUAGUCCAGCCGUGAAGCGAUUGUUGGGCUGGAAACAAGGUGACGAGGAAGAAAAAUGGGCAGAAAAGGCCGUGGAUGCUUUAGUGAAAAAGCUGAAGAAGAAGAAGGGCGCCAUGGAGGAGCUGGAAAAGGCCCUGAGCAGCCCGGGACAGCCGAGCAAGUGCGUCACCAUCCCCCGGUCCUUGGAUGGGCGCCUACAGGUCUCUCACAGGAAAGGCUUACCCCAUGUCAUCUACUGUCGUGUUUGGCGUUGGCCAGAUUUACAGAGUCAUCAUGAGCUAAAGCCAUUGGAUAUUUGUGAAUUUCCUUUUGGAUCUAAGCAAAAGGAAGUUUGUAUCAAUCCGUACCACUAUAAGAGAGUGGAAAGUCCAGUCUUACCUCCAGUGUUAGUGCCUCGCCACAACGAGUUCAACCCACAACACAGCCUUCUGGUUCAGUUUAGGAACCUGAGCCACAAUGAACCACACAUGCCACACAACGCCACGUUUCCAGAUUCUUUCCAGCAGCCCAGCAGCACCCCGUUCCCCUUGUCUCCUAACAGCCCCUACCCCCCUUCCCCCGCCAGCAGCACAUACCCCAGCUCCCCAGCAAGCUCUGCACCAGGAAGCCCGUUUCAGCUCCCAGCUGAUACACCUCCUCCUGCCUAUAUGCCACCCGAUGAUCAGAUGGGUCAAGAUAACUCCCAGCCUAUGGAUACAAGCAAUAACAUGAUUCCUCAGAUCAUGCCCAGCAUAUCCAGCCGAGAUGUACAGCCGGUUGCCUAUGAAGAGCCCAAGCACUGGUGUUCAAUUGUCUACUAUGAACUAAACAACCGUGUUGGGGAAGCGUUCCAUGCAUCUUCUACUAGCGUGUUAGUAGACGGAUUCACAGACCCUUCAAAUAACAAAAGUAGAUUCUGCUUGGGAUUGUUGUCAAAUGUUAAUCGUAAUUCAACUAUUGAAAAUACUAGGCGACAUAUUGGAAAAGGUGUCCAUCUGUACUACGUUGGUGGGGAGGUGUAUGCCGAGUGCCUUAGUGACAGCAGCAUCUUUGUGCAGAGCAGGAACUGCAACUUCCACCAUGGCUUCCACCCCACCACUGUCUGUAAGAUCCCCAGUAGCUGCAGCCUCAAGAUUUUCAACAAUCAGGAGUUUGCCCAGCUUCUGGCUCAGUCUGUCAACCAUGGGUUUGAGGCUGUGUAUGAGCUCACCAAAAUGUGCACCAUUCGCAUGAGUUUUGUCAAGGGCUGGGGAGCAGAGUACCAUCGACAGGAUGUUACUAGUACUCCAUGCUGGAUUGAGAUUCACCUCCAUGGGCCUCUUCAGUGGCUAGAUAAAGUCCUUACUCAGAUGGGCUCUCCUCUCAACCCCAUUUCUUCUGUUUCAUAGUGCAGAAGUAUUCUUUUCACCUGUAUCUUUAGUGGACUUGUUUUAAUUUUAGAGGAAUUUCCAGGACAGACACUGUGAGCUGACAUGGGAAACAGAUAUCAUGGAUUAUUUUUUCUACAUAAUUGUGACCAACACAUUUGUAUUUUGUGAUGAAUUUCCAUUUGUUUGUAUUCAUGUUUGUUGUGAUUAACUUUCAAAAGUAUUGUAAACAAUGUAGAGUAUUUUGCCCCCUUUGAGACGUUUGGCAUUGAUCUUAAACUGGAAGAUGCUCAUGUUCAUUGUCCCAACAGUUUUUUCAUUUGUUAAUUUGUUACAAAGUAGCGCAUCACAUAAUGAAGAUUUAUCUUGUAAGAGGGCAAAAACACACAAAAAAUGCUAGAUGCUAUGUUUCUAGUAAUUUCUUUGUCCUACCACCUUUGAUAAAGCAUAGUACAUUGUUUUGCAAAGACAUGGUAGGGGCUUAAAGGAAACUGUUGACUCUGUUGUUUGAAGGACACUGUGCACUCCUAACGUGCCAUUCAGUGAAAGCAAGGUGGUGGAUUUCCAGAUGUCAUACAGUGACAUUUAAUAUAGCUAAGUGUUUGUCAGUGUAAUGUGACUUUGUGAUAUAUAUCAUUUGUAAAACAUUUCCUUUUUAAAUAUCUCUAUUAUAUGUCAUUUACUCAAGUUUGUCAUAAGUUUUACUUAACAAUUACAAUGUGCAUGGCCUUGUUCAGCUGUGUUUGCUGCUUUGGGCCAGUGUUUCAAGAACUCUAAUUUUGAUGUGCAUUAAUCUUUUCAUUUUGCACUUUUAUGGGUGACAGGUUUAGUUUAACCCUGAUAACACACAGUCAGGUGAUCUGGUCUUAGAUCUUUUCUCUCCCCCCUUGACACUCCCUUGUAUUAGCACUGCCAUUUAGAGACUACAGUUGUAGAACAUGAUGCUUUUGCUAGCUUUUAAUUUUCAAUCUAGUUUUGAAGUUGUUAUUCUGUAGCUCCUACUAAGGUGCCUGUUAAUUCCCUACAAUGUUAUGGAUGUUAUUAAUAUUGAAAGGCCAUGUACUUAAUACCACUGCUCUCAUACCAGACUUCUCAUACAAGGACCUAUGCAAUGUAGCCAUCAGAGGCUUUUGGUUGGGCCCCGAGGAGGAGGCUGCUGGCGUGAUAGUGAAUAAGUCAUCAGAGGGGGUUGGGACCGCUCAUUUCAAACGUCGUGUAACAGGGAAUUUAGACUGGACUCUCUUCGGGUCAGUGCCCUGCCUUUUUCUUUUUUUUUCCACAACACCAUCUUCUCAGACACAGGCAGGGAGUGCACUAAGACACCCAUGUAGUUCACUGUGCCAUUGGCCUUAGGACUUGUAACCACUUUCUAGGGAGCAGUCAGAUGGACAUUUGCGGCCUGAGAAUGAAGACACUACUUUAAUAAAGAAGAGAGUGACCUGAUUUCCCUAUCAGAGGGAGAGGCUUGAUGUUCUAGAGCCACUGUGUUGUGCUGCUGUAAACGUUAUUCUGGUUUGACUUGUUACAGUGCCGUCCCUGCCUUUAUGAGGAAGGCAUAGCUCUUUGGGGGGGGCGGGGGUGUGAUUCCUUUCGUUUCCUGUGUCAUUAUUUAUUGCCUUUCAGAGUGUGGCCGUUUGGAUGGCUUUACUCCUUCAGAGGACGUGCUUUGCUGCGUCUUCAGUAGCUUGAGUCUUCAAUAUAAGUAUUCCGCAGCAUAUAUUUUCAGACUUGCAGAAUGUAUCAGCCCCAUGAAAGAGAAUACCUGCUUUGUAAUUAUUCUUUUAUUUAGCAGGCUCAGGUACAGUCUUUAAGAGCAAGUUUGUAGGAAGCCGUCUUGCGUUGAAUGACAGGUCCACAUCCGUGAGCUCUGCUGAAGUCUGGAAAACAAGCGCCUUGCUUGUUCCUUGUUUCACCAGGGUUAGAUGUUUUUCCACAGUCAUCAUGUCACAGCCUUCCGGGCUGCAGCGUUCUGUGUGAUUGGCCUUCUGUGGAACGGCAGGACUAAAGCUCUUAGCUGUCCCGAGUUCCAUGGAGAAGUACAAACCUGUUCCUUAAGAGUUGUCAACAUCACCUCUGUGAUCUGUCAGUGAAAACUGCAGUCUGUCUGCCCCUCCAAUGUCUGUCUAAGGAUAUGCUUAUGUCUGUGGGUAGAAAAAGAAAGUGCACAUAAGGUAAAAGCAAAACAAAUGCGUCUCUGGCCUGCCAAAGGCAGUGCUUCUAAACAAGCCAUUCGAGAAAAGCGUGGCUCUAACUUGGUGUUUGGUGCAACAAAUGUUGGCCAUCAGCACCCAGAACAUCUGUCUGUGAUGAGUCUCAUGUGGUCCAGGCUGGCAUUGACCAUGCUAAGUUGCUGAGGGUGGCCUUGAGUUCUGAUUCUUCUGUGUCUACCUCCCAGUGCUAGCCUGACAGACACCCACCAUCAUACCCAAGCUUCUGUGGUGCUGACGAUCAGACUCACGACGUCAUGCCUGCUAGGCGUGUGCUCGCCAACCGAGUGACAUCCCCAGUUCAGUGUUCACAUUUUUAGUAUGAAAAAUACAUCAGUGUAUGCCAAAUAAAAAAUAUAGGUCUGCAAAUAGUGAAAAUUGCCAUCAGUUUGGUGGCUUCUGCAAGUGACAGAAUCAGAACCUCAGUCAUAAAUUAUGGCAGCAAGAUGCCAACUGGAAAAAAAGCAGGGCCUGAGGCCCAUGUGACUGGUGUACCCACAGUGUGGCCUGGUUGUUGUUAGCAAACCAAAUUUACUACCUGUAACCUCGUAGACACGCUGUUGGCCUUGCAGAAUCACUACUAUACUUUAGAUAAAAUUGUAGGAAGAAACCAGUUUUAAAAUGACAGACAAAUAGAACAAAAUGUGAAUCCUUUUCUGUAAUGUUUCAUGGUUGCUGGUGUAAGAAAAGUGGUGGUAGACGUACCUGGGUUGCUGAUGAGACCAGUGUUAAGACUGCUAGGUAGAAUACUUCAACCAGCUACACUAGGAAUGCAGACAGGAACGUGCCGUUUGUUUAUGGUGUUGGAAAGUUAAGACCUUGUGGGGGAUGUAAAUGACAGUGACGUGGCAAUAUGAAACGUACUGUCAAAGCCUGGGCCUUACCUCGGCAGCCUGUCUGCCGUCUGAGAGGGCCUGUGGGAAGCUUUCCUUCCCUUGCCAGUAGUACCUUUGGGAGGAGAGUUAUAAAACAAUGAAACCUUACUGCUGCAGGAAACCGAGUCAGGCAGGCUGGCGAGUUUUGUGCUUGCACUGCAGAAAGAACUAAAUUUAAAAUUUAGAACUAAGUUACCUGGACAAGGAUUACACAAACUUCUCUCUUCUGAGGGCAAAGUCGGCUCUGGGACUGGAUCUUUGCAGGAUAAGAGAGAGGUCAUCGCUGAACAGCAACUGUCUCUCUGUAUUUCCCUGGCUAACCUGGAAAUUAUUGUGUAGGGUAGCCCCAAACUUGAGGUAAUUCUGAAGUUGUAGGAUUACAGGCACAGUGUACAGUGUACAGGUUCAGUGUUUUCUGCUGGUUUUUAAAGUUCAGCCCCUGAACUUUAUGAUGGUUUGCAUGUAGACCUAUUAUCUUUGAAGUGCUCUAAAGCCCCUUCUUUGUCUUACCAAGUAAGUCCUCUGCUACCUGGGGUCUCAGUAAAAAUGUGUGUUCUCAGUAUACACAGAGCUAAACAAGCAGACAGCUUUUAAAGUAGGUAACCUCUGGGUUUAGAAGCAUUUCAUGAUUGUAGGGGAGGGAGUUUUCCUAAAUGGUGGCUUAUAGGUGGCCCCAAUACUAUCUAGGGCAACCUUUUGAAGGUACUGUCCAGUUAAGUGGCUGUUUUCCUCAUAGCAGUAGGGUUUUCUCUUUCAGAAGGUACCAAUUCUUAGAAGUUUUUCUUGUUUAAUAAGAUGCAUGCAUAGGAAGUGAAAGGCAUUUGUUGUAACUAACCGAGUUUUCUGUCUGCUGGACAGACACUGGGGCAUUUCUGUGGACUCUGUUGGGCUGCAGUUGAGUGUGUGCUGAUAACGGGCAGCAGUGUUUAACAGUGUCUGUCACCAGGCCUUUGUGUCACUAGGUCCUUUCCUGGCUAGGGCUGGAGGUUAAAACAUUUAGCUGGUGACAGUUGCCAUGCCUUUGUUACUGUGAACUCAAGUGUUAGCCGUAACAACACUCCAGUUAGGCCAGAGAGUCAGUCCUAAGUCCUCUUGAAAGGAAAUCUUUUAAGUCAGUCGACUGUGCUCUUCUGAUACCAUUGGUGAGGCCAAUGCUUUGGCCCUCUCGUAAAGGAGCUAAAGCUUGGCUGUUGGCCAUGGUACUCUCUAGCAUGACUGCUUAAAGUUGCAAUGUAAGUUCAUUUAAAUUCAGGUAAGAUAUAAUCAUGGAGAAUGACGAGCCUGUGUGCACCUGUCUGCCUUCCUAGAGGAAGUGAUCUCACGUAGAUGGUGAAGAGUGAACCAAUGUCUGGCCGCGCUGUGGUCGGCUUACGUGUACUGGUCCUGCUUCUGUUGGUGUUGUAGAAAACGAAAACACGCUUCAACUCUGCUACUUUUUGAUACUUACAAACAUGUAUUAGGUUUUACUAUAUUGUGGUUCUCAAAGCCAUAACUCUUAAGAAAUUUGUUUUUGCAUACUGUUUGCUAAUACUUUAUUUUAAUAAACCUCAAAAUUUG